UCGCGACACGUGGAGUUCUGCAAAAUCGAUGAUGGGUACUGCUUUCGUCUCGUUGAAAGCUCUGCGCUCACUAUAAGAUGAGAACUGGAUGGUUGAAUAUUUGAGUUUGGUGUGUUCGACUUCCUGCCGACGACCCGAUUUUGCUGACCGUGACUGUAGUUUAUGACAUUAUGUAACCAUGUUUUUUUUUUCUUGAUAAAUAAUAGUAAACCAAUAACAACUACUGAAUAAUUGGUUUACUUCAACUAGUUCGGUUAUUUUCGGUUUGGGAUGUUUGUUAUAAUUGAAUGAAAGAUUUACUUCUUUACAAAAAAGAAAAGAAAAAAGGCAAAGCAGAGGAACGGAACAUUAUAAGCUUCCACCUGAGAAAGAUUCCGACGAGAAAGAUCAGACCUGCGACACACCUUGAGAGACAGAGAAAGAUAAUGGGUUUCUUCUCUUUCCUUGGAAGAGUCCUCUUCGCUUCUCUAUUCAUCCUCUCCGCUUGGCAAAUGUUCAAUGACUUUGGAGCUGACGGUGGUUCAGCAGCUAAAGAGUUAGCUCCAAAGCUUGAUCUGACCAAAGCCCAUCUCUCUUCCAGAUUUGGAGUAGCGUUGCCCAACUUAGAGGUGAAACAAGUGGUAUGGACUAUUGUUGCUCUGAAAGGACUUGGAGGCUUACUCUUUGUUAUCGGCAACAUCUUUGGUGCCUAUCUUCUGGCUGUCUACUUGGUGGUUAUUAGUCCCAUUUUGUAUGAUUUCUACAACUACGGACCCGAGGACCGCCAGUUCUCUCUUCUAUUGACUGAAUUCCUGCAGAGCGUUGCGCUUCUCGGGGCGUUGCUCUUUUUUAUCGGGAUGAAGAAUUCAACGAAGACUUCCAAGGUGAUUCUGAAGAAAAGGACUCCCAAGCCUAAAGCUGCUUAGAGUUCUUCCAUUCUCUCGUCCACAGACAAAUCAGGCUUCGGGUCUCUCCAAGCAUUACCGUUAUUUAUCUCCUUUCAACUUUUGUUUCUUUUUCUAUUGGUAGGAUAUUAGAAAAUCAACCAUAUUUUGUAUUCUUCUCUAUUAAUUUUGAUUUAACUUUGGGGAUGUACGAGUUUUCUUCUGCUAAAUCAUACUAUUCUUUCCAGUGAUAUUAAAUUUGGGUCGAGAAGAUAUGAUU